CCUGCUGGGGGGGGGGUUGGUCUAUUUUGAGGUGGUCUUAUCACAGCUGUUGCAUCUGUGGUGGCAGGCAGCCUGUUCGAGCCCCUCCACGUUCUUUCUUUCCCCUCCCGGCCUUCGGUCCUGCUACCCAAAACAAAGAUGGAGUCCUGUCCAACGAACAGCAGCCACAUAGAGAGCACCCAAGCUGUAUCUGCCGAAGAGCCUAACGCUGAGCACACCAACGACCUGGCCAAGCAACUGGAAGACCUCAUCAGCACCUACCAAGCCGAGGAGACUCCGGAUGAGCAGGAAGACGUGGAAGAGGUCCAGCCCAACACCAGACGGAGCGUGAAACUGGAGAAAAAGAUGCUCAAAAAUUUGGGCAAGGACGCUAUGCUCCUCAUGCAAAGUCUCAACAAACUCGACACUCCAGAGAAGAAACUGGACGCUACCAUCAAGAAGCACGCCGAGCUGCUGGAAGAACACCGAAACGACCAGAAGCAGCUGAAGCUUCUGCAGAAGAAGCUUUUGCAGGUGAUGAAGGAGAAAGACCAGCUGCAGAGUGAGCACAGUCGCGCCGUUCUGGCUCGCAGCAAACUGGAGGGACUCUGUCGGGAACUGCAGCGGCACAACAAGACCUUGAAGGAAGAGACACUGCAGAGGUGCCGGGAGGACGACCUGAAGCGGAAGGAGAUCACCACCCACUUCCAGGGAACCCUAAGUGACAUUCAAACCCAGAUCGAGGAGCACAGCAACCGCAACAUCAAACUGUGUCAGGAGAACAGCGCCCUAGCUGAAAAACUCAAGAACCUCAUUACGCAGUACGACCAACGCGAGGCGAACCUGGAGAAGGUGUUCAAGCACCGUGACCUGAAGGAGAAGCUUCUGGACACCAAACUGACUCAGUCCAACAUGUUUCUGAAGGAGGCUCAGGAAAAACACAAGCUGGAGCGGGAACUCCUGCUACAAAAAGCCGCAGAGUACAGGUCGCAAGCAAAAUUCUUGAAGGAGACGGAGGUGGAAUUGAAGGCGCAGCUCGACAUGUACUCCAAGAAGUUUGACGAGAUCCAGGGCACCGUUUCAAAAAGUAACAGCGUCUACAGCAGCUUCAAACAGGACAUGGAUAAAAUGGCCAAGAAGAUGAAGAAGCUGGAGAAGGAGUGUCAAUCAUGGAAGAGUCGCUUCGAUGGUUGCAGCAGAAAUCUUGUGGAGAUGGUGGCGGAUAAAACUGUGAGGGACAAGGAGCUGGAGCUGCUCAACAUCAAGAACCAGAAAUUGGAAAACCUUUGCAGGGCUUUGCAAAAUGAGAGGAAAACUCUCUAUGAGAAGGUUCAAGCAGCCGGAGAUCACCCAUCCGAGGAGACAAAGAUUGAGACGCCUCAGAAGGAGACGCCGGAGGAACAUGACGAGGAGCCGACGAGCCCCGUUGGGCCCGUCGCAACGUUGGAAAGCCAUCUGAGCCAGGAGCUGGCCAAACUGAAAGCCGAGCAGGCGCUCCUGAAGGAGAUUACAGCCGACACCACGACGCAAGGACCCUCCGAAGGUGCCCCGGAAGCGGUGAAGAACCACACAGAGCAAAGCGACAAAUGCCAAGAACAUUUGGACCUGAAGCUUGUUGAUUAACCCUUAAAAUAUUUUGCUUUAUACUGUACGUGUUAUUUCUGUGGCAAUAAAAAAAAAAAUUGAUUUCGGUUUCCACCAAAUGUUUAGACA